AUGUCAAGAGUAGUAGUUAGAUUUAUUUUAAAUGGAAAAUUCCUUGCGACUAAACCACUAAAUUCACAAGACAAAUUGAAAACAGUAAGAGAGAAACUAAAAGAAAAGAUGUCUGAUUCUCAACACUUUUUAACGAAAGACGGAGAUCCAAUUGAUAAGAAUGAUGAAGAGUGUUUUACUAUAGGAGAUGUAAUUGAUGAAACAAGAAUAAUAAAUAUUAAAGGAACAGAAGAUAAAAAAGGAAUAAGAAUAAAGAUAAAUGAUAAGAUAAUUACCACUAUUGAAAUUGAUACUAAAACAUAUUUAAGUGAUGUUAGAAAAAUAGUUCAAAACAUUCCAGAUUCAGCAUAUUUCUAUACACUUGACAAUGAUAAAAUUGAAAGAAAUACUGAAGAAGAAUUUAUAGUAGAAGAUAUAAUAAAUAAUGAAGAAAUUAAUCUUAAAGAAGAGAAAGAAAAUACACCAGAAAUAAAUGAUAUAACAAUUGGAAUAUGUUUGAAUGGAAACCCAUUGAUAAAAAAACAACUCAACAAGAAUAUUUCUCUUUCAGAUGUUAGAAAAGAAUUUGAAAAUGAAAAACAAAUUCCAAAAGACUUUGCUUUUGAAGAUCAAGAAGGAUUUAAAAUAUCAAGUGGUGAUGAACAAACGUUAAAAUUAACGUUUAUUUUGCAUGAUAACAAAGUCAACAUAACAACAGAAGGAAUUGAUGUAUCUGAACCAAGUACUACCACAUCUUUUCUAGGUUCACCAAAUAAUAGUACCAUACCUGGCAAUUCUUUAACUAAUAGUAUCAUGUCUGAUAUUUCUCCAAAUAAUACCAAAACAGAAGAAACUGAUGCUUCACCAAGUAAUACAGACGUGUCUGAACCAAAUAUUCCAAUUGAAGGAAGUAUCAAAUUUGAUAUUUCACUACAUAAUACUAAAAUGGAAGUUGCAGAAACUUCACCAAAAACUACAGAUGUGUCUGAACCGAAUAUUCCAAUUGAAGGAAGUAUAAGAUUGGAAAAUCAUGAAAAUGGAAAGUUGAAAAUAUAUUUAUAUCCAAAUCAACCAUUCGAUCAAAAAGAUGAGAUUGAUGCAAUUGCUAUUUUGGUUGUUGGUGAAACAGGAAGUGGAAAAACUACAUUAUUGAAUAGUUUUGUAAAUGCAAUAUAUGGAAUAAAAAUAACAGACGACUUUAGAUAUAUAAUUAUAAAUGAAGAUCAUUUAGAACAGUAUGGAGAUAUGUCUGUAAGUCAAACAAGUCAAGUAACAAUUUAUAAUAUUAAAAAAACAAAAAGAACACCACCAAUCAAAAUAAUAGAUACACCAGGAUUUGGUGAUACAAGAGGACCUGAGUGGGAUAAAGAAACUAUUAAGCAAAUAAAAGAAGCAUUUGAAACAAAAGUAUUUGAUUUAAAUGCUAUUUGUUUUGUUGCACAAUCAAGUAAUGUAAAACUAACAGCAAGUCAAAAGUAUAUAUUUGGGAAUAUUAUCAACUUAUUUGGGAAAGAUGUUAAAAAGAAUUUUAUUGCAAUGCUUACAUUCUGUGACGGUGAAGAGCCAAAAGUUAUAAAUGCAUUACAAUCAAAAGAAUGUGUUUUCAGUACAAUUAUUCCAGAAAUAGAUGAACCAUGGUAUUUAAAAUUUAAUAAUUCAGCUAUUUAUAGUGACAAGACAGAAGAUGUAUUUACACAAAUGUUUUGGAAAUUAGGUAUGAAGAGUUUUGAUGACUUUAUAACAAAAUUAGAAAUAUUACCGAGAAAAUCAUUAGAGAAAUCGAAAGAAGUAUUAAGGAAAAGAGAAUGUAUUAAGGCUCAAAUUGAAGGAAUAAGAAUAUCAUUAAAUAGUCAAUUGGCAAAAAUGAAUGAGAUUAAAAAGAUCUACAAACAGUUAUAUUUGAAUCAGGAUAAGGUUAAUAAAAAUGAAAACUUUACUUUUACUACAGAAGUAGAAGUACAAAUUAAAAUUCACUUAAAAUCAGGAGAAUAUGCAACGAAUUGUAAUAAAUGUCAUAAAACAUGUCAUCACCCAUGUCAUGUUCCAUCUUUAAUUUCAUAUUUUACAAAUAUACUUUGUACAUGCAUUGAUUUUUAUGGGUAUUGUAAAGUAUGUGGUUGUCCUUCAUCAGAACACGUAAAUGAAUCACGUAAAUUUGAAUAUGUAAUUGAGAAAAAACAAGAAACAAUAGAAGAAGUAUAUAAAAGAUAUAAUGAAGGUAAAAAAGGUGUUGCUAAUGCAGAAGCUAUGUUAAAAAAGUUAGAAGAUGAGUAUGAUAAAAUUCAAACGGAAUGUUAUUAUAAAGAACAAGAAAUUAUCGAAUGUGUUAAUACAUUAUCUGAAAUUGCAUUAAAUGGUAAAGUUACUAGUUCAAAUGAAUAUUUAGACAUGUUGAUUAAAACAGAAAAUGAAGAAAAGAAACCAGGAUAUGAAGCAAGAAUUGAAGGAUAUAAAAAAUUAAAAAAAGCAAAUGAAAUGAUAGAAGAUAUUAUGAAAAAUUCAACAACAAAAAAGAGCAAGGAAGAUAUCAGGGCAGAAGUUGAAGCUACAAUGAAAAAGUUGAAAGAAGAAGAAAAAUCAAAAAUGAAAAAAAUUGAUGAAGUUUGU